AUGCGCUGGCUUGCCCCACCGACCCGACGCGAAUUAACAUUACUCCUUUUCUGCUCAACGGUAUUUACACUCGCUUAUAACUUCGAAAACACCCUUCGUUAUGUUGGAUUUGACGCCUAUUCAACCCGAGGAGCUCUUCUUACUCGGUUCGGGUUCACACCUGCUAAUACUGUAGUGGGGACGUUGUUAGGAGAUGGAAGAAAAGUCGGAGAUCUAAGGGAUCAAAUGGAUAACAUCAUAAUAUGGAAUGGUGAAGAUAACAAGAUCAUCAAAAUAUACUCCGAGUCCAAGGGCGCGUAUGUGGAAUAUGGUACAAUCGAGGCCGGUCAGCCGCUAGGGGUCGGAGCACAUUCAGCCAUGUGGAUAAGCCAGGCGAGAUUGGAAGAACUGUGGCCAAAUAGAUUGGCUGCGAAAAGUGUUAAAGAAGGUUUCUGGAGAUGGAACGAGGAUGUGCCGAGGACGAAGUUAAUUCGACACCUGCCUGGCUACACAGUUCUCGACCAACCUGUCGUCCUCAAUAAUGUGAUAUACAUCGUCACAGACGAGCCGCACUCAUUUCCUGAGCUCAGUUCCAUCACCAGGUCCAUGUUGGAUAAUAUGCGGGUGAUUUCGACGCAGCAAGCUAGAAUUGUGUUGGGCAAGUACGGAGGAAGGAUACACGGCGUAUCAUGGAUGUGUACCGAAACCAUACCUCAAGACACCGCUCUACUCUCGCUAUGGUCCAUGCACUCCACCUUGUCCAACUCCUCCAUCGACUCAUCUCCUGCAAAGAUUUCGUCUUCGUUUCCACCAGACUCGUUUUCGCCCGCUCGUCUAAUCCUCCCCCUUACACCCACUUUCACUGAUCCCGAUAACGACGAAAACGGGAACAAGAAACCGAAUUUCCCAUUUAAUUAUGCGGAGGGAGAUAUUUUACCACCGGGCUCGCCUCCGCGCCCGCCCGUAAUUCCCCGUUACAGGUCACAUACAGGCAUCCAUCCGCUCCUUCUCAAAAUUGCAUUGCCGCAUAUGCCUGGCGUGUGGUAUAAGGAGGACUGGGACGAUUAUAUGGGUAUGGAGGUCCCUUACGUGCUAGAAAGAGUCGUCAUUGGAGAUUAUGGUGUGCAGGGAAUCGAGACCCUGUUGCAGCAACAUUCACAGUCAGGUUCAAGGGAUUGGUGGGAACCCAUACGGAAGACCGUCGUCUCGUUUUUCCAAGAUCCAAGUGAAAUUUCCCUGGACCUGAUAGAUAAUUCGAGAAAGAAAACGUUGACAUACGUUCAUCGACCUAAUUCCCUUGUGGCUGAAGAUCACAAUGCUCUCGUAAGAGCAUUGAUGAAGAUGGGUAGGGAGAAGGGGAUUGAGGUGAAUCUGGUUGACGCUGGGGCGUCAGAUGGAAUGAAUGUAGAAAAGGUCAAUACUGACGAUGUAGAAUGGGGAACACGGAUGGGUGCUAUAACCAGAUCAGAUAUUCUCCUCGCAUCUCAAGGUUCGGACAUACUCGACGGUGUGUUUCUCAGACCCUCGUCCCCUGCGAGCACGAGUAUAAUGGUAGAGUUUUUUGCCCCUUCAAACUCUCGUUCCAAUGAGGGCGAAGCAGUGGAGGUGGCUUUUCCAGGGGCUCGCGAACACGAAGCUGUGGCAAAGUCACUCGGCUUGAGGUAUAUCCCUUGGUCUAUUGACUUUUCUCCUCGUUCUUCGUCCGGUCUCGUACUUUUCACUCUCCAUAUUGAGUUUUUACGUCUUUCUUUUCACGGAAAUCUAUUUCUUCGUCCUUCCUCCUUGCAGUCUUCCUUGAUACACGCGUUCCUCUCUGACUUUUCUUCCUUUGACAGGAGAUUGACCUCAGACGAAAUCGCUAAUUCUCAGACAUUGGCACCUGAUUCCAUAUCUCAAUUAGGACACAAUGUGCCCGUGGACGCAAACACCAUUGCUCAGUUCUUGAAUGAUAUUUUGGAAUCUUUUUCCGAUAUCUAG